GAUGUAAGCGAUUGAAGGUCACCUCAAAUUGCUGUCAAAUUUGUCCAAUACUUGAAUAAAUUUAGUUUAUUAAAACUAUACAAAUGGCUUCUCCGGUGGUUAUUGCGGCUUCGGCCAAACACACUGCUACGCUUAUCUUUUUGCACGGACUUGGGGAUACUGGUCAAGGAUGGGCAAGUGCAAUGGGUGCCAUAAGACAACCCCAUGUAAAAGUUAUCUGCCCCACAGCUCCAACAAUGCCUGUAACUCUAAAUGCAGGUUUCAGAAUGCCAAGUUGGUUUGAUCUAAAAACUUUGGAUGAAUCUGGCCCAGAAGAUGAUGAUGGCAUCAGAUCAGCCACAAAACAAAUCCAUGGCUUGAUUGAAAACGAAAUUAAAGCGGGAAUUGCUGCCAACAGAAUUGUGUUGGGUGGUUUCUCACAAGGUGGCGCCCUUGCUUUGUAUUCUGCAUUAUGUUUCCCACAAAAAUUAGCGGGAGUUGUAGCUUUAUCAUGUUGGUUGCCAUUGAGAAAGUCUUUUCCAGGUGCAAUGAAAACCAGCAAUGAAUUAUCUGUUCUUCAAUGCCAUGGCGACUGUGAUCCAGUAGUACCGUAUAAGUGGGGCCAAAUGACAGCUUCAGUUUUAAAACUCUGCUUAAGUCACCCGAUUUUAAAUCAUACAGAGGAUUAAUGCAUACCUCUUCUGAUGAAGAGUUAAAUGAUAUGAAAGCUUUUGUAGAAAGCCAUAUACCAAGUCAAUAAUAAUAAUUUAUCACAAUUAUUAUACUACCAUCAAGUUCUAAUUUAAACAUUCCCUUAAUUUAAAGUGCUAAGGAAACUAUGCUUGGUAGCGUAGAAUAUUACCCUGCCAACCAGAUAAAACCUCAAUAAAUAUUUUGGUCUAGCAGUACUUGUAAAUAAGGUUCACAAUCAAAUUAGAUUUUAGGUAUGUUUUAAUUUUUAUAUUAAAUUAUUAUUAUUUUCGGAAAAGUUUGUUGUAAUUUAGGGUCCUUUAAAAAUUAAUAAUUUGGCAAACAGCACUGCCACUACAUUUUAUACGGGGUGUCCCGAAAAUGGCGCACACACCAUGCCACUCUGUAGGACGCAUUAUUAAAAUUAUAAAAAAAUUAUUUGUUAUUUUAUUUUU